UGUCAUUACGCAUGACGGCAGAGCUAGCCCGCUGUGCAACCGGCUGGUUGGUGAAUGCGAUAUCGUGCGUGUGUUGUCUUUUUUUUCUCUACAAGACGAAACGAAACGGGCAAGUUACGUCGCUCCCGGAGAGCUGUAAUUUGUUAAGUGAAAGUAUCUAAUUCCUUAACACCAAUAUGCAUUCGCUGCUGAAGCUGUUUUCCUCCGGCACAGCCAACUAUGGCUUGCAGCAAUUCCGCACCGUCGCCACCAAACCACGCACGGCCGUGGUUAUGCUCAACAUGGGAGGGCCCCAAAACACGGACCAGGUACACGACUACCUGCACCGCAUCAUGACCGAUCGCGAUAUGAUUCAGCUGCCGGUGCAAAGCAAACUCGGUCCCUGGAUAGCGAAACGCCGCACGCCGGAGGUGCAGAAAAAGUACAGCGAAAUCGGGGGCGGUUCGCCGAUUCUAAAGUGGACGAACGUGCAGGGCGAGCUGAUGUGCAAACAGCUGGACAAGCUUUCGCCCGAGACGGCACCGCACAAACACUACGUUGCGUUCCGGUACGUGAACCCGCUAACGGAGGACACCUUCCGCGAGGUGGAGCGUGACCAGCCCGAGCGGGUGGUCCUGUUUUCCCAGUACCCGCAGUACAGCUGUGCCACGUCCGGCUCGAGCUUCAAUGCCAUCUACACCCACUUCAAGGAGAACCCGCUGAACGGGCUGGCGCAGGCCCGCUGGAGCGUGAUCGACCGGUGGGGUACGCACCCGCUGCUGGCGAAAACGUUCGCCGACAACAUACGCAAGGAGCUGGACAAGUUCCCCGCCGAGAAGCGCAAGGACGUGGUGCUGCUGUUCUCGGCCCACUCGCUGCCGCUGCGGGCGGUCAGCCGGGGCGAUGCCUACCCGUCCGAGGUCGGCGCUACCGUGCAGAACGUCAUGCAGGAGCUCGGCUGGUCGCAGCCGUACUGUCUGGUGUGGCAGUCGAAAGUGGGCCCCCUGCCCUGGCUGGAACCGUUCACCGACGACGCGAUCAAGGGGUACGUGAAGCAGGGCAAGAAAAAUUUCAUCCUCGUGCCGAUCGCGUUCGUGAACGAGCACAUCGAAACGCUGCACGAGCUGGACAUCGAGUACUGCGAGGAGCUGGCGCACGAGGUCGGCGCGGAGAAGAUUGGCCGGGCGGCGGCUCCGAACGACCACCCGCUGUUCAUCGAGGCGCUGACGGAUGUGGUGCGGCACCAUCUCGCCAACGGUUCGACCGUCGGGCCCAAGUUCCUGCUCCGCUGUCCGGCCUGCGUUAAUCAGAAGUGCUCCGUGAGCAAGCAGUGGUUCAACCAGUUGUGCAAUUAAUUUAGCAAGCAUUUGUUUUUCUUUUUUUUGGUUACUGAUAAUGGGUGCAUUAAGGUCUGCAAUUAUAGCAUGCAAA